AUGGACUUGCUGCCCACCAGAAGGCCUGCAGGAGGGAUGCAUUAUGGAUGCAGGAAGAUCAUGAGAGACAGAAUGCUUGAGCAGCGGGAUGACAUCAGGACAGAGUAUCAUCCAUGUAGCGGCAUCCCUAUGAAAACUGAUCACUUUGCUGAUUUUCAUUGCCAUACUGCCACUCACUCACAAAUGAACGAGCUUAUUGGUCUCAUCUGUCGCACUGCGCUCGAAAAAUUCUCAGUUACUGACUACAACGGCAUUUGUAAGAUGUGGGAUGCAGCAUCUUCCCAUCAUGCAAAUUUCAAAAAGGAAGUGAUUUCGGUCCCGCAUAGGGACCAGGAGCACAAUUUUGAUGUUUGGUAUAGGCCACUCUGGGACUGGGCCUGUGACCUGUUGAAAGAUCCUCACCUUGGUCUGCAUUUCAUGUUUCAUGCUCAGCGGUUGUACAAGUAUGAUAGACAAGACUUUGUGCGUUUUUUUGAUGAGCCAUGGACAGCCAAUGCCUUCUGGGAUAGUCAAGUAUUCAUCCUUGCCAAAAAAAAUGAAGGAAAACCCUUCGCUCUUAUCAUAUAUGCCGACAAGGCAAAACUUUCCUCGUUUGGUCAUCAAAAAGCAUAUCCUGUCAUUGCACAAUGUGCAAAUUUACCUGUCGGAAUACGCAAUGGUGAGGGUUUUGGUGGUGGUCGCCUCAUAGGCUGGCUUCCAAUUGUUGAAGAAGAGAGACAAUAUUCCGGAACUCAGUCCUUUGUCAAUUUCAAGAAUGUUGUCUGGCAUGAAUCAUUUAAGUGCCUUCUCAAAUCACUUGCACUACUCUCGAAAACCGGUUUUUGCGUCAAGUGUUGGGAUGGUAUUGAGCAUCUUUUUUACCCACUUAUUCUUAUUUUAUUGGCUGACUAUGAGGAGCAAUGUGUUAUGACCUUGAUACAUGGAACGAGGUGCAAAUUCCCUUGUCCCGUCUGUCUUUUUCCUAGAGAGGAACUCAAAGACAAAGAGAAGGUAUUAAUGUCUCGAGGCCUCCAGGAUAAUGCAUUUUCGGAUGUUGCUCACACAGACAUCCAUUCUGCAGUCUCAUUUGACCACUUACAUGUAAAUAACAAAGGUAAUUUUUCUGACCAUCUUUGGACCCAGUUUCAGGAACACAUCAAAUCAAUUGGUUGGCAGACACAGUCUAAAAUUGAUGAAUACUUCUACUCAAUGCCACGUUGGCGCAACAUCAAUCACUUUAAUCAUGUCAUGGACAUAGCAUUUUCUGAUAGCUCAAAGUAUGAAGAUAUUUCUAAGUUCUCUCUCAAACUCCAUACGUCAGAAACCAUUGCUGAAGGCCGUCAGGCCAUAGAGGAGUUCACUCAACUAUUGGAUCAAUAUAGCACAAAGGAUGACUCCGGAAAGAACUGGGCAUACCCUAAACGACACACACAUGCUCACCUGUUUGACGAUAUUGAGGCAAAAGGUGCAACACAAAACACCAACACCAAGCCAAAUGAAAAGUGUCAUGGCCCAAUCAGACGAAUUUAUCUUCGGUGGAUGAACUUCAAGAACAUUGCUGAACAGGUACUUUGCCUCGACCAUCACUUCCUCAUUGCACAUUCGAUUCAUUUGGAUAUCAAAGACUACAAUGACCUCAUUUUAUCUCAGAGCGACCAUUUGCACUCGGGCAGCAAGGAUGAUGAAGAACACCCUAACAAUGAUUCUGAUGACACAUUCCAUGUUAAGUUGGGUGCGGCACAAAAAGAGCAGACAUUCAUGCCCAACGAAGCUUCGACUACCAUUGUGAACUGGCAAACCACCACAGAUUACCUUCGAUGCAGCCCAUCAUUUCACAACUUCCCUCAAUAUGACUGUGUUAUCAUUCAGACUCAAGCUGGAGUGAUAUUCGGGUGUUUACUGAUGCUUUUUACCUGUGUUGUGGAUGGUCAAACUCAUCCAGUUGCACUCGUUCACCCAUAUGAUGCUCCAGUUGGACAACACUCUCUCAAAGACAAACACUUUCAGUUCUGGUGUAUUCAUGAAAGACCAAGGACUUCAUCUGAAUUUUUUUCAGUUCACUCUAUUAUCCGCAGCGCAGCACUGGCAGAAGAUCACAGUGUCCAGGGUGAUUAUCUGAUUAUUGAUACAAUUGAUACUGACAUGUUCUUGCGUAUGAAGUCAAUGCACAAGUCUGCUGGUCAUCCAGCAUGA